CGACCUGUCCACCACCAAGGCCGACCUGUCUACCACCAAGGCCGACCUGUCUACCACCAAGGCCGGCCUCAAGGGCGCAGUCGAGGCCCUCAAUGCACUGCAACGUACAAUUGACGGGGCAUACGCUCCGCUGGGCCAAGUCAUGAUGGAGCGCCUCGCGGCGAGGGGUCUACACAUCCAGAGGGCUCCCAAGCACGCCGAGAUGGUGACCAUGAUCUCGGAGUUCGCUGUUCACUUGGCGAACGAGGCCCCUCUGUCUAGCUCUCGCUCUAUUACUAUGGCAGACUGUGUGGUUCAUGACCAGAACACUGUGCAGUCCACCAUUGGGGCGCUCGUCCCGAUGGAGUCGGUGCAGAUGGAGCUCGCCUCGCGCAGCUUCUUGUCUGACAUGGACACGACUCUCGUCGAUGUCGACAUGCGCAUGGCGACCCCGUACAAGGCCGCCGGUCCGGUCGGCACCCAGACCCCCUACCACUGGAUGUCCCAACAGCUUCCGGUCACUCCUAGCGUUCAUUCGAGCUACAUGCCUCAUCUUCAGCCGUCGUCGAUGUCCGUCGAUCAGUUGGCCCAGGUCCCCUUCUCUCCUCAGAAGCAUCAGAGCACACCGUUUAUGAACGGGCCGAGGAAGUACUCUGAGACGGAGGCAGACACGCGGUUCAGGGUGCUCGACAAUUUCGACACGCCGACGCCGAAGGGACGGUUGGGGCACUUGCAGGCCAUCUCCGAGUCGCGCUCGUUUGGCUCACUCUACGAUGAGGCAGAGGAGGCACAGGUCCAGGAGAUGUUGUUUGGCGCACUAGGCGUCAACCAAGCAGUCGCUCUCGCCCUCGCUACUUGAGGCCCACAUGCGGACGGGCAUGGGCAGUGCAAGGCGGUUUCACGGUCACGGAAUGAGAAUCAGCAAACAAUUUACAUCGCAAGAAGUUACCCUUUCCCCCUCAAGCAUCAACAUCUGUAUCUUGGUUCGUGCAUCUUCACAAACGUCUGGACAGUCUUAACAUCAUCUAGGUCUACAGCUACUACCCGAUCCUCUCGACAUCUCUACGACAAGGCUGUUCGUCAAUUCGCGCAUCAUCAUCGUCAGGCCCAUGUCAAAUUACAAGGUAGUGAUACCACCCACUUGGUUCGUCCUGUCCUCGGCUCUGCCGCUCCGUGUCACUGAUGUCCGGACCAUGUGCAGCGGACACACAAGCUAUUGUGCG